UAUCAGCGAACAUGAACGAAAUUACUAACACAGCCGAACAACAGAUAAGAUAAAGUAAUUCUAAUCAGUUUCGUUGUUUAAGUCCCCGACUCCAUUAUGAACGUAGUUGAAAUAAACUGUCGAAAACUGCAUUCAGAGUUAAAGAAUUUGUGGUUCAUAAAUGGAAGGUUAGCAUCAUAAGCCAAACAAUUUUCAUUCAAUAAUGUGAUACAGAAAGAAUACCAAACCGAUUACACGAAAAAGGACUGAAAAUCUGAACUUUCGAUUGAAAUUCAAAUAGAAAUUCGAAAUGAAAUCGGUUGUGAAGGUGUUCCUGUGCUUGGCAAAUGUAAUUUUCGUUAAAAAUAUCGACUGUAAGACGUCCAGUUAUUGUCCUGAAGAAUGGUGCGUAUGCGACACAUACAUGGACCUGAAUCGAGCCAAUUGCAGUUCACAGAAUUUAUUGAGUGCCGAUAUUGGAAUGUCGAAACAUGUCGAAAUAUUGGAUUUGAGCAAUAACUUCCUAACCGUUUUGGACGAUAACUGUUUUAGUGAUCUCAAAUAUUUACAAACACUAAACUUAUCGAACAAUUCGAUUCAUACGAUCGACAUCGACACAUUUUCCAAAUUGAAAAAAUUGGAGCAUUUGACAUUAUCGAAAAACCGAUUAGAGUCGUUCGAUAAUAGGAUUAUCGAGAAAUUAAAUCGACUGAUAACAUUGGAUUUGUCCGAAAAUAAAUUUAUGGACUUGAGGAAUUCAAUUAUGCUGAAAAGUCGAUCACUGGAGAAACUAGAUCUUCAAAACUCUCAGAUUACCCAUCUGUAUGCGUCGUUGUUUCAACGAAUGCCAAGCCUCAAAUCGAUAAACCUUUCGAACAAUCUUCUGAUUACGCUGAACAUUAGCCCAUUUCUACAACUGCAUCGAUUACGAAUUGUAAAUUUAAAUGGUAACAGACUAAUUUGUGAUGGCAACAUGCAGACUACGCUUCGAUGGAUGCAAAAGCAGCGAAUUACCGUACAAAUUGAAAAUUGCUCAAUAAAAUCUGAACCGAUGUUCGAACGAAUGCAGCUGGAUCCCUCAGCUAACAUGGUCGAUGCCUCAACACCAGUUCAUUCAGCGGAAAAAGUGUCAACCGUAAAAACACACUGGAAAUUUCAUAAAAAGUUACCAGCCUUAGAUAUGCAAUUAUGUCCCUUGAACGAUACUGACAGAGCUUGCGACCUCUACGAAUCUUGUAUGGGAAAUUUUUCUAGUUUCGUUAGAUCAGCAGCACUUAAAAAAACGGCUUCAUCUCUGCACGACGACGAGGAAUCGCCAUAUUCAUACCAUAGACUUCAACUAGUAUUUGGAAUUGGAUUGGGCGUGGGUCUGCUAUUCGGUUCAACUUUGAUGUUUGUUUUUACAUCGCUGAUUCAAAUGUGUUCGAGGAAGCAAUCGAAUCGACUGCACCGAAGAAACGCUAUGAGAGAUAAGAACAGAGGACGAGGGAGUCGAGGUUCCAACAUGUCAUCCACAACAUCGACUGACAUUCCGUCGAUUGUAGAGGUGAUUGAUGAGCCCAUUACAAUCACUAGACGCACACGUCGACAACAAAUGCGAGCUCAGCAACAGCAAAAUCGUCAAUUGGUUCGCAGUGAUUCGAUCCCAUUUUUAACAAGACUGUUUGACCGACCGGCUCAUCGUCGACGUCUGUAUCAAUCACUCAAUCAAAAUGCUACAAACUUAGUGCGACGCCUCAGCCAAAGUCGAUUGGCAUUAAAUUUGUCCAGACAUGUGGCUAGUAUGACCACACCUACAACACCGACAGCUCCACCGGCUGUUGAUACGACACGAUUAAUGGAUGAGGCACAGCAAGAGAUAAGAGGUUCCGUUGCCACGGUGACCAGUGUUUCAGAUGAUGAGAAUUCAAGUUGCAUUCAGAUACCGCGUAGUGAAACGCCUCCGCCUCCUUACGGAGACAUUAUCGAAAAAAAGAACUGACUGAUAAGAAGAUGGUUUAGCCGUUGAAAAGUAAAGCAGAACGGAAAAUAAAUUGGUGAAAAAUCGAAAUAAUUUUAUCCUCAGAUUAGUGUAGGUAGCUAAACUAGCUUAAGCAGAUAUUAAGAAUAAAAAAAAUUAUUUGAAACG